AGAGCUCCGCGUCGCGACGCCCGUCUGGGAGGAGCUGCCGACCUCUGUUGGCCCAGGCAGCGCGCUCAUAAGUCUGCGUCGCGGGUGGCCGCCGCGUCAGGGGCUACAGCCCGCCGGGAGUCGGCGGUCCGCCUCCAGUUCUACCAGUUACGUCCAGAAACUGGAUCUGUCGCUAGUGUCACUGCGGCGGCGACACGCACUCUAAGUGAGCUGAGUGUGGCGAGACUGUGUAAAAUGUUAGUCUGACGCCAAGUGACGACAUACACGCACGUGUGUCCCACGUGUCACGCCUCUGGAUUUCUUCUACAAAGUGUUCUGGUCGUUUUUUGACGCAAAUGUGUGUGAUGCGAUUAUGAAGUGUAAAGGACGUAACGUUGUUUCUCUCACCAUUUCAAAUAUAUGUAUCUGUUGAGAGCAUAGCUGUCAGCUUGAUUGGAACAGUAUUUCUAGUCGCGUAGAGUGAAGCACGCACAGCUUCGGGUAAACACGAAGGGUAGAACGUUGCUAUCGUUUCGUCAACGACCUCUCUUCAAAUACUGAUGGAUUAAUUUUCACUUGGCACAAUCGUCAACGAAUCAACGGAAGAAAACUUAAAACUGUCAUCUCUGGCAGCUGUACACUAAUGUGAUGCUGAUACAGUGAAUUCUUCAAUUAGAUUAUCUGCUGGUAAAUUUCUUAAGCGAUAUCGUGUAGUUCAAGUGCCUGCCGGGACAUCUGAGAACCUAGAUAAUAGUGUACCAAAUAAGGAACGUGCCUGGUAUUUAAAGCGUAAUCAGGCAGGCUUUUGAGACACACAUUUGUCAAAUAUUUUUCUGAAAAAAUCGAUCUGGAAAGUCUCGAUUUAUUUUAACGACGAACGACUGACUCGUCAUCAGGACCGCCUCCGACUGUUGAGCACUCGUCGCUAUCAGCGAGGAUUUCUCUACGUGGUAGUAAACUGAGAGCCCAUAACGGAAGAUUGAAGGAGGUUACUGUGCCACCGAUUUGUUGUGUGUGACGGGCUGCGCUGUGAGGAUGUAGUGGGAUAUCGACACCGGCGACGAUAGCCUUGCUGCCGGCUGCAGCCCGAGUCCGAGGAGAUGCUGCUCAGAACGUUGGGAGCGCGCCUGCCGUGGUCCGUGUGCUGGGCCCUCGUCUGCCUACACAUCUACAAAGUUGGCAGUGAAGAAGAUGUUUCGAGCACAAGACUAAUACCUGAGAGCACAGUGGCUACUUCAACGGUUCUGGCGCCGGCGCACCAACACGGGCUGUACACGGGCCCGUUCUUCGACACGAGCAUGCCUACCAACAUAACGGCGCAACUAGGCACACAUGCCUACCUGCCGUGCCGUAUCAAGCAGCUCGGAAACAAAUCGGUCUCGUGGAUCCGGCGUCGAGACGCGCACAUCCUGACGGUGGACCGGUACACGUUCAUCGCGGACGAGCGCUUCCAGGCGUUCCUGGUGGAGGCGACGAGCACGUGGACGCUGCAGGUCAAGUACGUGCAGGCGCGCGACGCCGGCGAGUACGAGUGCCAGGUCAGCGCCGCGCCCAAGAUGAGUCACUUCGUCACACUGCACGUCGUCGUGCCGCGCGUGCAGAUCCUGGGCGGCCCCGAGCUGUACGUGAAGGCGGGCAGCACGGUGGCGCUGCGCUGCGAGAUCUCGCGCGCCCUCGAGGAGCCGGCCUACAUCCUGUGGUUCCACGAGUCGCGGCGCGUGCUCGCCUACCAGGACAUGCACGUGGAGCGCGUCGCGGCCGACGCCACCGUCGGCUCGCUGCUCAUCCGCCGCGCCACGCGCCGCCUGCACUCGGGCAACUACUCGUGCCGGCCCAGCAACCUCGACCCCGCCUUCGUCUUCCUGCACGUCCUCGAUGGUGAGCACCCGGCGGCGAUGCAGCGCGACAAGAACUCCGCCGGCGGCGUGCAGCCCCCGCAGGGCCUCCGGCGUGUCGUGGGGCAGGCUCUGCUGUUGGGGGCGCUGGCGACCGCCCUCGCCGCUCCUGCUCUGCCGUGA